GAUCGCCCGGCGUUGCCUGCGCUUCCGCCGUCGGGCUGUCGGUCAUUUGAAACCCGAACUUCGUCCGCACUGGAUGGCUGGAUUGAAUUGAUAAGCAGCUAGAAACCCUCGUGCAAGGCCCCAAAACAACCGACGUCACGAACGCUGCUUCAAGAAUCAUCGUGUAUUGACCAAUCAGCAAACCGGUCAGAAGAAAGUGAAGCUUCUUCCUGUUUUUGUGAUUAUCAAGGCAGUGCUUUGAGGCUCAUCGCCGGCUCCAAGAAUCAAGCAACCGUUGAGAGUCAGGAGAAAGUGAAAGUACUUCCUGUGGUGACUAACAACGCAAACCUUACACCAUCAAAUUAGGCUGCGAUAUUUUAGCAGCCUCCAGGAGUUACGUGAAAGUGACUAUUAGUGCUUUUGGUUUUGAUUUUGUUUACGUGCCGCCGGAAUCGUAUUUGUUUCAGUAUUCCGGUAAUUAUACAGUGAUCGAAACGUAGUGAUACUGUCGCGAGCCGUAGAAAAAAAGGCUCUUGGAGAAUCUACGCGAGAAACACGAGAAAACCUCGAGAGACCUAGAGGAGAUAGUGAAAGCACUAGGCGACAUCACCCGCACCAAAGCUGAGCUAUAUAACCUCAAACAAGAAGUCACUGGAUUCUACGUAUUCGGCGAGGACCUCACGCAGACCGAAAAGGACUUGCAAAACUUACAUUCAAAGGUGGACAGCGAGAUAAAAAAAGUGAGGACGUUCUGUUCUAACCUCAAAGAAAAAUACGUCAAGUCGCAGCAGAUCGUGCCUUCAGACGUAGCUCAGGAACUGAACCAGUUGGAACUGUUGACUGAAACUAUCACAAGCGCCAUGGAAGAGAAAGACAGGGAAUUCAAAAAAGCGAGGACUGUCCGGACAGAUUACCUCAAUGAGGUAGAAGACGUCCAAAACUGGAUAAAAGAAGCCGAGAUCAAAGUCCAGGAUCGAUCCGUCGAGCCACAAGUUCUGCACGAGCACUUGCAGCAAAUCCAAAGCGAAAUAGCAGGCAUCAGCGACAAACUGGAGAAACUAACCAGAAACGGAAGAGCGAUAAUGGAGAAAACUAAAGACGAUGAAGAGAAGGAGAUGAUUCAAAACACGAUCAACAAUCUGACUGAUCAAUUGGCACAAGUGAGGACAUGGCUGGAAGAGAAGAAGCAACAAGUGGGUGAUAUUCUGGACGCUUGGCAACGAUUCCUGACACUCUACCAGGCUGUGAUGACUUGGGUCGGCGAGAAAAAGGAGUUCCUCAAGGAGCCGUUACGCCUAAGCACCCUGCAGGAUUCUAAACAGAGGUUACACGAUUAUUCGAAUGCCGUGAAAAGCUGUAAAGUGGCCACGAAGAACCUGAGCGACAUGGCCAAAGAAUUGGACCAUAUCGGCAGCGUGACUAGCGUUGGAGAUUUGCCACAGAAGAUGGAACAAGCAGAGGAAGCCAAAGUGGAAGUUGAAGCUUUGAUUUUAGAAAGGAAUGGACUCUUACAAGAAACUUCAGAGGAAUGGGAGCAAUGCGAGAAGAAGAUCAAAGACGUCAGAAGCUGGAUCGAGAAGACCAAGACUGCUUUAGAAUCUCAACAAAAUAAGAAGAAACCUUUACGGGACCAACAUGGCUUGCGGGAAAAGAUGCUGGCUGAUAUACAGAUUCAGAAAACGAAAAUUUCUUUGUCUGUUGAAAAAUUGCAGCUGCACUUCCGCUCGGGCGUAGAGACGGAUUCCCGCGUGACCGAAUCCGCGUCCGACCUCCUGUCAGAACUGGACGAUCUCAGCUCCGCCAUCAAGACUCAAAUCAACCAAUUGGAGCGGACCAUCGCGCAGGUGGACGCCUAUCAGCUGGAGGUCCAGCAACUCCGACAAGCUAUCGUGCACGUGGAACAGCAACUGCGCACGGCGAUGGCGCCUAAUUACGCGCCGCACGACCGAGAGAGGGCGCUGCGAGAGCAACAGAGUUGCAAAGAACAGCUGAGAGUGCUUCACAGCAAACUGUCAGCCCGAAAUGAACGAAUGAAGCAAUUGGUUCAAAGAGGCACUCCUGACCUAGAGCCGUUAGGCACUUAGUCAUCUCCUACCUAUCCGACCUUACCAAACAUCUAUCCGACCUCAACACCUGUUUUGACAACCGACUGUCGACUAUACAAAGAUCUUCAAUAGUCGCUCUUUAGGAAGAAUAUCUCCGAAACAAAAUAAAGAAAAAUCGACGAUUUUUAUGGAACAAUCUGUUUAGAAUAAAAUUGUUUUUAAAGAGUAACCUUUAUUUAUGAAAUAUAAGUCUCGAUGAGCCUUGUUAUUUGUCUUUUUGAACAGAGAUAGAACCGGGUUUUUUUUAAUCUAGACAUGGAUAGGUUAUAUUCUGUUACGUUCUCAUUGGGAUAAUUAAAAAAUUAUCUAACAGGGUUACCCAGGAAGAUUUAGUAAUUCCACCCUAAUCUAAAAAAAAAACUACAUAUUUUAUAAAAAAAUGGAGCAACAGGUGUACGGAUUUUAUUGUUGUGCUCCAUAACUUAUUUUUAAUAUCGCAGUGCUGACAACGCCAUUAAGUGUAUCCAAGAGUCCAUGCUAUGGGGUACACCUAUAUGAUAAUAAAAAACCAAAAUCCGCUCACCUGGCGCUGCGAAAUUCAUAGCUCUUAAACCUUCUCUGGAACAUCUUCAAGUUAGGCAGCCAUCAUUACUUGACGUACAAUAAGACAAAUAGCAACCGUCAUCUGGAUACGGUGAAUGCGCUAGUUAUCUAUUUUUCGGCAAAACUUUUACAUAUUCGAUGCAUUUCUUCAUUUUUUUUGGAGGUGUCUUCAUAAAGAGCGAAAAUGACCAGAAAGAUAUGACAGCACACAUACGAUUUUGCCAUCGUUCAGCCACCAUCUUGAAUCGCGAUACCUUGUGAUAUACCGCGUUUACUGAUUUGCAUUAUUGCUUCUGGUGAACAGGCAUCUACCAGUCACCGUGUCAGCACACUGGUGAAGGAAAUGCAACGAUUGGACCCUUACGCUCCUGCAGAAGCCACUCUGUUGGAGGUGUCUUACGCUGACAUUGCUGCGGGAAGGUCCAAGUCAGAAGAACGAGAGAUGGUGACGGCAACCCUUGACUUAGAAAAGCCAGUUACACUCACCAGGCAAUCUAAGCACCUAGAGCGCAAACAAGAGUUUGGAGAGGUAGAAACGGUGGCUGUAGAGAAGCUUCAAAGGAACAAUCAGCAUCCUAAGGAUAUUCCUAGAAUCGUAGAACCCAAAUUAGAACCUAAAGAGGUAGAGCUAGUGGCCAAAGAUAAACUUCAAAAGAAGAAUCAGCAACCCAAACCAGAACAUGGACAGUUGGAAAAGAUAGCUAGGGAUAAGUCGCCUAGAAGAAGCCGAUCGCCAAAAAGGAAGUCAAAGAAAGAACAGGCUGUGGAGGAAGCGCCAAUCAUUGUAGAGCCCGUUGAAGAAUCUACCCAAGAAGCUUUGGGAGGGCGUACUAGUCAGGUUCCAAAGGAAAAAGCGUCCAAAUCACAAAAAGCUUUGCAUGUCCAUGAUAAGAAACGACAUCGUUCGCCGAGUCCUCUGACCCUGUCUAGUCAUGCAGAAAAUCCGAAAGAACAAGUCCCAAUACCACAAAAAGUUUCUGAGGAAGUACCAAAGGAACGAAGACUGAUCUCCCAGUUGAGAGAGCAAACCCUAAUUGUUCAAGAAAAGAAGCGCGACCGUUCACCUAGCCCUAUGUGGUUACCUGGACAAACUUCCUACGCGGAGGUACUUAGGGGGCAGUACAGAACAUCCGAGGAAAGAGAGGUUAACCAACCACCACCUCGUGCUGCAGCUCCACCAAGUGCUCAAACACCACCAAGCACCCAGGUGCCUCCAAGUGCUCCCGAGGUCAUUCCUACAUACGUUGCUCAAGAGCAAAUCGUAUACCAACCAGUAGCAACUGCUGUUGAAUACAAUGUUCCGCCUCAAGUAGAGCCUUACACAGUUCCUCCACAAGAGUUCAUCAUAACUCAGCCACAAGCUUGGAGCCAGUACCCUCCCCAACAAGGGUACUACCCCCAAGAGAUGCCACAGGCUUUCUACCCCCCACCUAUACAACCAGUCCAAGCGAAUAUAAUCGAGUAUGUUCAACCUAUGCCAGAUAUGGUGAACUUCAUAGCUUCAGGACAACAAUUAAUUAGUUCUGGUUUGGGUACUUACCAAAGUACUCCUGCACAAUUCGCACCCCCAUACCCUCCAGAAAAUGCAUAUGAGUACCAAGAGGUCAAACCUGCUAACACAAAGCCAGCAGAGGAAGAACCAGUGAGCAAGGUAGAGACAAGUGAGGUGCCACCAACGGAAAAGACGAUUGAACCAAGCGUUGCUGGAUCACAUGUCUCGUAUGCUCAGAUUCUGUCUCAAGGACUUGAAAGCAAACCAACCAUCCAGCCAUCCAGUUUGGCUCCAGUAAAACGAAAACCUGAACAAGCAUCUCCGGUGUAUGGAAACAAGUCCACGCACUUGGACGAUACGAAAGUCAAAGAGACAGCUUCUCUUAAGGAGAAGAUACCCAAGAAGACACAUGACCGAUCGCGUCCAAACGAAUUUGGUCAGACGCACAAGCACCAUGGAGAGCCUGUCAAAAUGACAGGUGGUGCUGUAGCGACUGACAGCUCAAACGCACAUGACUUAAACACUAGUGAAACUGUUUCCCCAGUUACAGAUAAGAGAAGACGGAAGAAGUCUUCAGAAGACGAGAUAGAUAAAGCUUUGAAAGAAAUAUCGCUCAAUGACCAAAAGCUGACUAAAAAUAAGUCACAAGUUAAACAUGAAGCAGAUAAAAGUGAUCUUUCUGAAGAAAACAGGACAUCAGAGUUAUCUGAUUCAACUAGCUCAAAAUUAGACAGGGUGAUAGUAUCCAAAAAGUCCAAGAAAAAGAAAGCUAAGAAAGGAAAGGAAAGUGAACACGAAAUAGACGAAACAAAGGAAGUUAAGGUAGAGCUUUCUUCCGAAGAAACUACAGACAGGCCUGGGAGGAAGAAACCGAAAAAGAAGAAACCAACCGAUGAAAAUGACGUUGCAAUUAUUCAGAAAGCGGAAGAAACUGUUAGUAAGUCUGAGAUGAUGACGCCAGGAGACGUAACUAUAAUAGAACCAGCUGUAGUACAGCCUGGAUUCGUAGAAAGUGAAAAGAAAUUGAAGAAGAAAAAGAAUAAAACUAAACCUGAAGCAGAAAAUCUGAGGCACACAGAAGAGUCUGUAUCUCAGUCAACAAUGCAACAGGUUAUAGAACUGGAUAACAAUCAGCAAACCGAAGACAAAAAGCGUAAGAAGAAGAAAAAGAACAAAGAUAGGCAGCCAGAGGAACAUGUAAUUCCAACAGCAACAGAAGUUAAACCAGACUAUAAGGAAGAAGUCUCGACCUUCAUUGACACUGAAAAAUCAGUAGUUGAUGUCAGUGAUACUAAAACUGGAGAAUCGUUAACAGACUCAGUGGAAAAAAGCUUUGCAAAGUCUGUAUCAUCGAAAACUGCGCAAGAGACGGUUCGUGAAGUGGCCGCGGAAGAAAAAGUACUUACUUCGAGUACUACCAGUAUUGAAACUGAUGAACAACAAGCGUCUAAGAAGAAACAGAAGAAAAAGCAUAAGAAGAAACAACCUCUCGAAACGAAGCCAACUCCUGCUUUUGUUAUAACUGAAGAGAUUAGGAAGAUUCCUGAUGAAGAUGUAAAACCACAAGAGAUACCUGUGAAGAAGAGCAAGAAGAAAUAUGUCAAGAGGUCUAACGCUGAAUUUAUUGCUAAAGAAAUUAGUGAAAUCACUAAACAAAAAUGUAUUGAAACAGAAGAACAGAAGACAUCUAUUCCUAUACAUGGACUUGAAGACGCCAAACCUGUACAAGCUCAAGAAACUGUUGAAAAUGUUGAACAGUUAAAAGAGCAAUCCCCUAUAUAUAAGGUUACCGAAGAAAUAAUAGAAAAUCAGGUCUCAGAAGCCAUUAAUAUUGAUCAACCUAAACCUGAAAAGAAAUUGACAACUAUUUCCUCAAGUGAGGCCAGAGCUAUACCAAGUGAUCAUGCUAAUGAGGAAGGUUUGGUAGACGAGAGAAAAUAUGUUGAUGAAACUUUGAUUCAAAAAGUGACAGCAAGUGACGAUAAAACUACUGUUGGACUUACGGAACAGAAAGAAAAUAAAAAGAAGAAGGAAAAACAGAAAAAGAAGUCCGCAGUGAGGUGUGACAGUGCAGUAAAUGGUCAAAAAGAAACUGGGCAGAAAUCAGAGACUGGAUCGUUGAUAAGUGACUUGAGCGGAACUAAAACACAAACCGUGGAAGAGGUUACCAGAGAUUCAACAUCAAUCAUCACAGAUCAAGAAAAAGAUACGUCAGAAUGGACUUUGACUACAGUAGAAGAAAUAAAUAAAGAAAAUAGAAGAAAAUCUAAGACAACUACUACCGUCACUACAGUUACUAGUAUAACUAAAACGACGCCUUCAACUACUGACAAUAUCACUAUGCCUAUUAUGUCCCAAGGAGGUGUGUCUAGCCCAUCUACGACUGUUGCUGCAACGAAUGGAGCUUCAGAAAAGUGCAUAAUGUCGGACAAGCCAGAAACAGAUGCCGAUCGUCAAAAAACAGCUGAAUUAAAGGAUACAACUAAAAUAGUAUUUAUAACUCACGAAGAAGUAAGGAUGAAACCGGUUGUAACUUUGAAGAUGGAGUUUGUUGAAACUCCGAUUGAAGAGACUGCACGUACUGAAGAGGCAUACGUCGAGGAAGAUAAAACUACUACAAAAGAUACUCGCAACAUCACCAAAGUCACAGAGAUAUCAGGUAUUAUAGAACCAACUAGUAAAGAAGAAUCAGAGCUAAACGGAUUUGAUACCAGAAACAUAACUAAACAGUUCAUAUGCCAUGAAACUCAGAUCCUCAACGGAAACGAAGAUAUAACAGAUUCUGAAGAAUGGAAAGACAUCGAAAUGGAGCAAGUAAUAUUUGGUUCAGUUAAGGAGCGACCAAGAAAGAUAAUAGAAUACAAAUACAUACCAGAAAGUGAGCCAGAAAAGCAAGAAAAAGGAACACGCUGUGAUGAAGACGAUAAGUCGAAGAAACGGCAAGGCAUACCUUUGGACGACUUACUUCAAGGUGAACCGGCUGAGAAACUUGACAUAUCUUCAAAAGAGGUUGAAGUCUGUCAUGAAGAGACGUCACUGACAAGGCUUGACUCUGUGGUUGACACAGAAAUCACGAAUCUAGAGGACGUAAUGAACGUUUUGGAAAGCCGAAAGCAAAAGAAAAUUCGCAGUAACAAAACGGAAGAUACUGCAGGGGAAUCCUCAGUAGAAGCGGAUGUAGAUGAACCAAAGACUAUAAAAGUAGAAUACAAAGGUUUGCCCAUAGAUGAAUCUACUUGCAUAUUCGACAUUUUAGAUGAACCUGUUACAAUUUCAGAUGACGAAACAGAGUCAGUCAGUAAAUCGACGAGAAGAGAUGUUAUUCAAGAUGAGCCAACAAAAUCAAAAGUGCAAAAAGUCGACAAUGAACCGAAAAUUGUAACUAAAGGUGCUUCUGUAGUAGAUACUAAGCUUUUGCAAGUAACAGACGAUGCAUACCCUAUUUCAGAUGAAGAGUUAGUCGAAAACGAUGCAAGAGAUGUUGUAGAGAAUAUUCCCAAAAUACCGUCGAAUACUGAUAUCAAAACUUGGGCUAGUAUCGUCAAUGAAGCACCAAAUGUGGAAGAAUCCACAGCAGGCAAACAAGCAGCAGAAUGCGAAAGAAAUGUAUCUUCACCUGAAACGAGUGAAUUCAAGGAAGACACUAAGAAAAGUAAAAAGAAGCAUAAGAAGAAGAAACAGCAACCAAAAGAUGAAGAGCCGGUAAAAGAGAUUAAAAUGAUAUCUGAAGAAGUAAAACAAGAGGACGUUACAGAGUCACAUACGAGUAUCGUAGAACAGUCAGUUGAGGCAACUGACACUGGAAUUGCAAAUAUUCUGGAUCAGCUGAAAGAGGAGACAUUGUCUAAGUAUAAGCCUGACUUAGACAGCAUACCCGAUAUCAAGCGAAAACCAACUAGUUUGCCACAAACACCUGCGCAACCAGAAAAACCUUGUGUAAAAGAACCUAAGGGUAAGACAAAGAAAGAAAAAGUACCGAAAAAGGAGAAAACACCGCCGAUAAGUAUCGAGAUUCCAUCUCCAUCAGUAAGUAUUGAGCAGGAAAAAAUGGAGUCACCUAUAAUUGAAGUCAAAGAGACUUCUCCAGUAUUGUCGCCAACUGCUGUAACAUUUGAAACGUUGCCUGUGAUACCACAGUCUCCAGAAAGGCCACUGCCAGAGAUAAACUAUCUAGAAGCUUCUGGAUCAGUUGAGCUAUCUGUAGCGAAAGAUGAACCUCAAAAAGAGAACAUAACCGACUUACUGCACAAACUUAAAGAGGAGACACUGGCAAAAUACAGUGUCUUAGAAGAUGAGACAAAAACUAGUACAGAAAAUGAUGUAGCUUGUAAGAAACCGAAGAAGUCUAAGAAAAAGGGAAGUCAUAAGAAGACAGUGUCAUUCGAAGAAACACCUCAGGUUAUAGGUUACGCAGAAGAUACCAUUCAAAUAGAAGAGAAUGGCAUCAAGGAUGGUUCAGAGGUGACUGAAGAGUUUGUCGUAGUUUCUGCCGAAGAAACUAAAAAAGGAUUCGCGGAACCUGUGGUUGAUGAAGAUACUGCAAAAAUAUCUGAAACCAUAGAUGAUAUUGAUGCCACUAAAACGGUCAAUGAAGAAUUUAUUAAGGAAGAGCAAGGUAAUGCAAAAAAAUCUAAAAAGAACAAGUCCAAAGGCAAACAUGCCGCUGAAGAUGAGCAACUGGAGUCUGUUUCUGUGGCCGUCGACAUUAUUGACACUGUAGUAGAAAAAUCAGAAAAUCAGCAAGAUGGGGGUGAAUCGAGGAAGAAGAAUAAGUCGGAAAAAAAACAAAAGGAGCAACCAAAAGAUGUGAACGAAAAUGUAAGGGAAUCAGAUAUUAAACAGAAUGAAAUGGAGACAUCUCAACUUAGUAAAUCUUGGGCAGCAGUUGUUGGUACGAAAGAUGACGUUACUGCAGCUUUUAUCGAAGCAGAAAAAUUGGGUUCACAGAAAGAAAUGCUUACUGAAUCAUUUGUCGAAGUGUCACACGAUCAAGCUAAGCCAGAAUCGCCAGACUUGACCAAAGAUUUCGAAGUUGUUGAAAAACCAGAAGAAUCGCACGUUGAAAGUAAAUCGAAAAAAGGCAAAAAACAAAAAAAUAAAAAGGAUGCCAUAUCUACGCCCAAGGAAGGCUCCAGUGUUCUAGUUGAAAUUGAUGAAACCGUCAUAGAUACUCAGUCUUCCUGGGCCAACGUUGUCAAAUCGAACCUAGAGCAUCAAGAAUACGUUGUCGAGGAAAAAUUAGUCAAGACAGAAGAAGAAACAGUUGCGUCAACAGUGCAAGAGUCCGCAUCUACCACAGAAGGCAAAGGUAAAGAUGAUAAGAAAUCUAAAAGAAAGAACAAAAAGAAAUCGCGAACAGAAGACAAAUCAAACGAAACCUUUGAGGUUACCGAAGAAAUUGUCAAAAUCCCUGAAAAAGUCGAGACAAUAAAUACAUCCAACGCUUCUACGGAACAUAACAGAUAUAAAGAGGACUUGCCUGUUGAAGACAAAAUGCUUGAUCAACAAGCCAUAACGGAUACUGAUGUAAAUAUAGAAAGCUAUGAGAUAGUAUCUGAAGUUAAGUCGGAAGAUGUACAAAAUAACUUGACAAUGACCGAAUCUUGGGCUGAAGUUACACGGAAACAUCUCAAAGAUUUACCUCAAACUGUGAAACUAGUUGAAACCGAGUACAAAAUAGAAUCUGUAAAUGCUGCAGAAGAAUCUCAAAAGCCUGUAAAGGAAACUCAGCAUAUGUCUAGUGACAACGACGAUCAUGACGAGGGUAAAAGAUCAAAGAAAAAGAAGAAACAAAAGAAAAACAAACACGACGAGGAACCUGCAAAGCCUGCCUUCACGAUUACUGAAGAGAUUUUAGAAAUACCUCAGCGUGAGGCAGAGGAAACGUCUGCGCCACCUAAGAAAGAAUCAAAGAAGAAACAUAAGAAAGAUAAGACCAAAGUUCAACAACUUGAAGAAAAGGAUGAAACGAUAAUACCGAACGACAAGACUGUUGGAGCAGUUCUAGAUACUGUGGUCACUGAGCACAUAAAGACAGAAACGGUAGAAGUAGAGCAACAACUGAAUGAAACUGUAGAAGAACGCAAAAAGUCCAAGAAGAAGGAUAAGAAACAUAAAACUGAAUACAGUUCUCUGUCUGAAACUGUACCUCACAUAGCUUCGAACGUAGAGCAAGAAGAAAGGAUAGAAGAAAACGUUUUAAUAUCAACACUGGAGUCAUGUGAAGUUAAAGGCUUCACUGCAGAGUUUCUGUUUCAAGAGAAACUACAGCACUUCGAAGUUGAGAGACAUCUGACUGAUCGUCCGGAUUCGUCAGCAACUUUGACAACAGAGAUAUUAGACGAUAUUUCUAUGGAAGAUCGUGAAAUUGAAGAAUCCAAGGCUCCUGUUGCUACGCCACAUCUUGAUUUACUGAGAGAGGACUCUCAAGUGACAGACAAAGAGGAUUUAGAUUUUACCAUUACCGAAGAAGAAAUAAAAGCAAAAAGUAUGAUGGCUCAGUUUUUGGAACAAGAAAAAAUGCUGUAUGCUUGCGUACAUGUCGAUCAAAAAGUUCCAGCAGAAACAGUUUCAACUGUAGAUGAAAAGAAAGUUGAAUACAAAGGUCUACCAGUUGAUCAGACUACUGACUUAUUCAUCGACUUAUUGGAUGGUGAGGGUAUGUCAUUUGAAGAUGAUGACUCUGCUCCGGAAACGAAGCCGGUUGUUGAGAAUGUUGAACAUAAAGUUGUGGAAGAAACGGUCCCAAUACAAGAAGGCCCCAAAAUCAAGGAGUACAAAGGUCUGCCUAUUGAUAAGUCUACUGAUUUGUUCCUUGAAGUAAUUGAUGAAACUGGAAUGUCAUUCGAAGACGAGGAAUCUGUCUCUGUUGAAACCAAAUCUGCUCAACCAGAAGCAACUAUGACUGUAGAGAAGGCAAAAGUUGAAUAUAAAGGUCUGCCCGUUGAUAAGACUACUGACUUAUUCCUUAACGUCCUUGAUGAAGGAGGUAUGUCAUUUGAAGAUGAAGAACCAGUUUCUGUUGAAACGGAACCUGCAAGUGAAAAUAGCGCACAACCAGAAGAAACUUCAACGAUAGAAAAGACGAAAGUUGAAUAUAAAGGUCUACCAGUUGAUAAAACUACUGACUUGUUCCUCGGUGUCCUAGAUGAAGGAGGAAUGUCACUUGAAGACGAAGAACCAGUUUCUGUUGAAACCCAGCCUGCGUCUGAAGUUAGCCCUCAACCACAAGAACCUACAACGGUAGAAAAGACGAAAGUUGAAUAUAAAGGUCUGCCUGUUGAUAAAACUACUGACUUAUUCCUCGAUGUCCUUGAUGAAGAAGGAAUGUCAUUUGAAGACGAAGAACCAGUUUCUGCUGAAACCCAACCUGCGUCUGAAGUUAGCCCUCAACCAAAAGAACCUACAACGGUAGAAAAGACGAAAGUUGCAUAUAAAGGUCUACCAGUUGAUGAAACCACUGACUUGUUCAUCGAUAUUCUUGAUGAAGAAGGUAUGUCGUUUGAAGAUGAAUCGCCGAAAGGAGAAGAAUCCAAAUCAAAUGAAGCAACCAACACAGUUCCUCUUGUUACGGAGUCAGUCGAACAAGAGAAAAAAGUGGAAUACAAAGGCCUACCUGUCGACCAAUCUACCAACUUGUUUAUGGAUGUCUUGGAUCAGGAUAUCACGUGGGAAGACAGUGAAGAUGAAUUUGAGAUUCAAACUAGAGACAAAACAACUAAAUACGAGGAAAUAACCAAAUCUGUUAUCCAUGACACCACUGAACAAACACAAAUUGACACCAUCACAAAUGUGGGAAAAGAGGUUACUUCUGAAGGUGACAUUGUCAAAAGUGAUGUAGAGGAGAUGCAGCAAUAUAGUACGAUGAAUAUCGGGAUUUCAGAGCCCCAACAGCCUAAACUUUUUUAUGAAUCUCCGAAAUACGACAUACUACGUUUACUCGAAGCUGAAAAUAAGUUCUAUGAGCAGAAAUAUGCCACAGCUAGACAAGAAAAGGAAGAAGCUGUGUCUUCUAAUGAACCCAGUGAAUUGGAAAGUAAAAUCAAAGUUGAAGAACCAUCUAUUAAGUAUGAUAUCAUCUAUCUGCUCAGAGCUGAAGCUGAAUGGUAUGAAAGAAUGAAUCUUCAAGACAGACAGCAACAGCAACAGUCUUCGGUUCCAACAGCUUCAGAAACAGAUAGACCAACUGAAAAUAUAGCACCUUCUAUUGAAGCUCAACAUGUUCCGACAAAAACACAUACUGACAUGGAUAGUACCUUUAUUACUGAAGAAGUCAAGCAGCUUGAACUCCAGACUGCUAAAGAAGUAGAUGCUGAACCACAAAAAGAAGCUAUAGUCGAAGAUACUACACCAGAUAUAGCACCCACCCUUCGACCACACGCAGAAGAUACAGCUAGUAACACUGUUCCAUCUGAAGAAGUAAGCACAUCUACAAACGAAUUCUCUGAAGUUAUGUCUUCAGUUGUAGAACAGACUAUUGACAUUGAAUCAGAGCAGUCUGAAAAGAUGGUACCUUCUAUCGAAGCUCAACAUGCUCCAACAAAAUCCCAUGCUGAUAUGGUUAGUACGUUUAUUACUGAAGAAAUCAAGCAGCUAGAGCUCCAGACUGCUGAAGUAGUUGAUACUGCACCAGAUGUAGCACCUACCUUUAUACCAGAAACAAGAGAUACAGAUAAUGAAACUGUUCCAUCUGAAGAAGCAAGCACAUCUGCAGAAGAGUUCUCUAAAGUUACAUCUUCAGUUGUAGAAGAGACUAUUGACACUGAAUCAAAGCAGAGUAUGCUCAAAGACGAAGAAGUAAUGAAGUUCUCCGAACAGACGAAAGACACAGAAACUGUUGCUAAGAAAGUACAUUCUCAAUUUGAGGCAAUCUUAGAAAAAGCUACGGAAUUCAUCCCAAAGUCAGCCAUAAAAUCUGAACUCUCAACAGAUGCAACUGAGUUUGUUCCCAAAGGAAUGGAAUAUUCAAGGCUGAACCCAAAUGCCGCGGAAUUCAUACCUGGAUCUCUGGAAAAGAAGGCGACUCCAGAGUAUGUUGACUAUGCACAUGCUUACAAAUCACCCAAGGUGUUGCCAGAUACCCCUGCUUGGGAAUACAGUAAAGACGCUUGUAACAUCCCUGUUGCUCAAGAACACUACGAUCCAUGCUUCGAAAUCCCACCAGAUCAUGCUAGCAAUGAGUGGGUGAACCAGAUGCUUCACGAACCAUCCGAAGAAUUCUUGAUUCAUCAGCCGAGCGAAAAGGCUGCACAUGCCAUCGCAGAUUUAGAACAAAAGCAAAUAGAAGAAAGUCUUCUACCGAGAGAGGUUGUCUCAGAGCUGAAGACUAGCGGCAUAACAGAUACUCAUACGACCAUAUCUUGGACAGGUCAGGGAGAACCAUCUCACUGGAAAAUUGAAAGCGAGCAACUAAAACCACCAAAAUCACCUCGCAGGAGGAAAUCGAAAUCGCCGAAACCGCAACAGAAAGCGCAAGAACAAGAGAGUGAACCAUUCUUCUAUGUCGAACCAACUACAGAGUCUACAAAUGUAUGGGAAGCUCUGCAGAGAGGCGACAAAACUUAUGCGGAUGUUGUAGCAACAGGUUCUCCUGAGAGAACGCCAGAUAUCGAAAGAACGAGUCCAGUUGAAUCACUAAAAAUUAAACCUGAAGACGUUGUUAGUACUGACAAGUCGGCAGAUGAGCUUCAGGUUGAAAGUCCUAAGAAAAACAAAAGAAAAUCUAGGAAACGAAGUAAGUCGCCAAGACUGACAAGUGAUGAAGUACACGAAGCAACCGAAACAAACGAAGAUGAAAUUAAACAAGAUGUUGGAAUAGUUCCUGAGAUAAGACAGCAAACUGUACACGAUGUUACAGUAACUGAAAUUGAACAAGUGACACCAGAACCUGUAGUCCAAGGAGGUCAAAUGACUUGGGCGAAAAUAGCUGCCACUCCUAGUAGAGAAGCAUCUCCAAAACCAAGGCAAAAACUCGAUAAAGAACCCUCUCCCAGACCUAAGGUUCAGUCUACUACAGUUGUUCCAAAAACGACUACCACUGCUGAAAGGGCUGGAAAGAAAACUCGUCAAAAGGACAAGGAUCUUUCGAAAGAUGUCAAAGAGCCUUUGGCAGUUUCUGACAGGGUGACAAUGUCUGGUGAUGCUACCCCAUCUGAUGUUACUGAAUUCGGAAAAUCAGAGGAGCAGAUACAAGGUUCACCUGUUGAGUCAAAUAAAGAAACCGCUGAGCCUCCAAAAAAACAAAAAAAGAGGAAAGAAAGGAAAGUUAAAGAAGCCAUUGAAGAACAAUCAAAGAAAGAAUCGGUGUUAGUGUCAGAAAUUACAACUGAUGAAAAUGUGCUAACGGAAUCUGUUGACACAUCUGAGCAACUUUCAUCAUAUGCUGGUAUCCUUGGAAGUAAGCCCAAGCAAGAUCUAACUCCCGAGCCAAAACAGGGAAAUGAACAAAUAUUUCCAGAAGAAACUCCUGGAUCAGUAAAAGAAAUUGUCUCUGGGUUUUUGCAAGCAGAAAUCAAAAAUCAAUCUAUCGAGCCUCCUGUCGUUGUCACUAAAGUCGAUGAGAAAGUUGAUAUCACUAAAGCGCAGAAACCAAAAGAUGUAAGUGCUGACUCAACUCUCUGUGUUGAAGAAAUUUCUGUUUCUGAACCAGCAUUUGAUAAGAAUGUGUCAUCAUCGUAUGCUGGGAUAGUUGGAAAGAAGUCAAAACAUGAAUCUCCAAUUCCUACACAUAUGACAGAAACCCCAUCAAAAGUGUCCAAAAUGGAUGUCCUUCCUGACAAAGGAUCGAAAAAACAGAAACCUAAGAACCUUUCUCCACCACCAGAAAUUUGUAAGCAAAAAAUUCCAGAAAACAAAGAACUGGUAGAACAAAAACCUAUCACGCAACCUGCAGCUGAAGAUCAACAUGUAGAGCACGUAUCAAGAAGACCUAACGCUCAACCUAUAAUCAUCAACACAAGUGAAGCGGAACCGCCUGUACAACAUAUCGCAAUACAGGACAUUGAUUUGAGUCGUCUCACAUAUGCUGAUGUCACAAGAACUGGCAGAAGCCGGAGCUCUUCACCUCAUCCUUCUACUAUCACCACAAUAGCAGAUAAGAUCAACUUAAGGAAAGAUAGACUUAGCAGUGAGUCUCCAAAUAGAGUUCAAGUUGACAGAUUCAAAGAUUCAGUAAAACAGCCAGUAGAAGAUACAUUCGCUAGAGAUCGAACUAAGGUUGAAGGAUUACCUUCCAAGAGUACCAUACUUUCACCCACUGAGCAACAUACGAUAAAGGAAACCACUACAACAAGCUCUGAGCCAGAAGCAGAAAGCUUAGAAAAAACUGAAAAAAGGUACAGAAAGAAGAGUAGAAAAUCCAGAAAGCCUAGAGAUUCAAACCUGCCUGAUACUGGAGAACAUCCUGCAAGAGAGAAAGAACCACAUUCAUCUAAAGCAACCAACAUUCAGGAACUUGUUGAUAACGUUGAACUGGCAGCUACUCCUGAUUUACCAAGUAGUACUCAAGUCGUUGAGAAAAGCAAAGAACUGAAACCUUCAGAAGAAACAUUAUCCAGUCCAAGAGAUGACUCUCCUACAAAAAGCUGGGCUUCAGUUGUCAAGGUGUCUUCUACAAAACCUGACGAAUUAAACGAAAUUGAAGAAACCAAAAAUGUGACAACUGGUUCUGAAGUAGAAACAAGUGAUGCUGCAGAAAAGAAACGAAAAAAGAGAAACAAAAAGUCAAAGCGAGUAUUAUCCAAGGAAUCAAGUCAUCCUGGAAAUGAUACCGAGGACGAGCACGUGGCUAGUGAUAUUGGACAGAAACAAACUACUCCUGAUUUAUCAAGUGUUACUGUUGAUCAGACUAUUGAGGAAAUCAAAGAACAAAUACCUCCAGAAGAUAUCGCAGUGAAGAGAGAUGAAUCGCCUACAAAAACGUGGGCUUCUGUAGUCAAAGUCUCGUCUACAAAAUCUGACGACGAAAUAACUGAAGAAAAAGCACCUUCACAGUUGGAGUCAACUAAAAUCGAAGUUAGCUCAACAACUAAAGAAGUAACGACAGGUUCAGAGGCUGAAGCAGAUUAUAAUGUAGAAAGAAAGCGGAGAAAGAAAAAUAAAAAGGCAAAGAGGAUAUUACCUGAUGCAUCAGGUUUAUUACAACCCGACGACAAAGAAGAAUUCAAUGUUAGAAACGCUGCCGGUAAGCCUUUAGCUGAUAGUAAAGAAUUCCUAAUUUAUGAAAAAGCUGCAGCUAUCGCUACCACUCAAGAACAAGAAGAACGUGUUUCAUCUAUGGAAGCAGAAGAGCAACAAGCAAAGUCUUCUCAAAAGUCGGAGCUGACUGCUCAUGAAGAAGUAAAAUUAAUAGAGGCUGAAACAGUUGUUGAACAAGUAUCAUCUCCUCCAAAAGUUGAAGAUGCUGAAUUGUUCGCUUUAGAAAAAGACGAAAUACAACAAAUUCCAGAAACUACGAACGUAUUACAAACGACAAACCAAUAUGGCCAAGAUAUUGUAGAAACAGUAAACACUGUAGCGAUAGAAGAAUUGACACCUCCUCUAAAAGUAUAUGAAACUAAUGAAAAUGAUGACGUACAUCGAGUUUCAGAAAUUAUUGUAGAAGAACAAACUAUAAAACAGCAUGAUCAAGAUACAGUUGAAGCAGAAAAACAGUUGAAUUUCGGUAGUCAGGUUGCUGCUGAAGAGACUGUAAACGCUGAUGAAAAUGCUAGUGAAAUAGAAAAAUUGAAACAAACGCUAGUUGAAAUACGGCAACAAGAAAGAAUGAUGGAUCUAAUAAUAGAAAAUGCAGCGAAACAAGAAACUGCAACAAAUGAGGAAUUUUUAACGCAUUUGAAACAGCACGAAGAUAGAAUAGCUGAAGAAACGGUUGACGUAAUGGACUCUGUGAUCAUUCCUCAAAUUUCUGUGGUGAUCACACCGAACGUUGAAGAAAUCGAAAGACCUUGGGAAUUUGAGGCAAGUGGACCUGUUGUGAAAGAAAUAGAUACGAGUCGACAAAAGACUACGGAAACUGUAAAACUAGAAGAAGAAAAGAAAUUGGACAUAGCAGAGAGCAAAGAAAAAUCUCCCUUAGAAGCGCUAGUGGAAAAUAUUUCUAUGGACGAUUCUAUCUGGUUGACCAAAUCCAUAUACGAAGAAUGCGAGUCAAAUUGGCAGAUAAACUUGGCUGAACAACGUAUCCAAGAGAUAUCUAAGGAAUCUAGCUCAACAGACGAUGUCAUUGAAGAACACAUUUAUAUGGCAACUACAGAUAUCGGUCAACUGGCCCACAACUUGACCUUAGACUCAUUCUGGCUUACCAAAAGUAUCUACGAUAAAGCGGAAGAACAGUGGCAAGAGGAAAUGGUACAAAAGAGCAAAGGACAAGCUGGUGGUGACAGCAAGAAACCUUCAGACCGAUCACCAGAAGACGACGGCGACGAUUCUGACAGUUCAAGUGGCAGCAGAUCCCCUUCGAACAAACCUGAUGGUGAAGGCACCCUCAAAGCACCUGGUAGUGAAUACAUGAUGUACACUUUGCCGGGAGGUAUAGCAGGGUGGAAAGAAACUAGCACUUACUUAUCGCCUGAACCCCUUAACGUAACUUUAACUGACAUACCUUUGACUGAAAGUAUUGACGCUACCCCAAGUUCCUCGAUAUCCCUCGGACCUGAGCAGCAAUCAACGAGCUUAGCAGUAGGUGGUGAGGCCAGAGAUGGGGACCAACAGGCCAAGAAGAAGGGGAAAUGGUUCAAGAAGGAUCUUACAGACGAAGUUGAAAGACUGCAAGUUUCUUUAAUAUCUACAGAAAGUACGAUCGAGUAUUUGCCGAAAGAAAGUUUCGAAGACAUGAUCAAUGCUUUAGAGCACAUCACCAGCGAGCUAAAGAAACACGCUGCAGAAGCGAUCAGGCUCGAAGGCCAAGUGAACAAACUCACUUCUGACCACGAGACUCAGUCGUUGGUGGUGCUUUUAGCAGGAAUAAGGACUCGAAUUGCUACACUCUUGUCUCAGGCCGAAAACGGCAGGAUACUAGUCACGAACGCGCGAGAGCGACAACGAAAGGAACAAGAAGAGCUGUCGCAGUAUCAGAGUUUCCUCGUCGAGAUCGAACAUUGGCUGGAAUCUACCAAAACCACCUUGGCCACCUUCGUGAAACCUAGCGAAGAAAGGGAAAUCCAAAGCAGCUUAGAAAACUUCGAAAGACUCAGCAAGGAGAUUGAAAAUAAAGAAGACCGGCUCAAGAAGCUUGCGAUAGACUGUGAGACGUUCAAAAACUAUCCAGACUUACAAGCUUUGGUAGUAACACUAUUAGAACAAUUACGAGUGCUUAGUGAGGCGUUCGAGGAACAGAAAGUGAUUCUUAACACGCAAAUAGUGCAACUGAAGGAGUAUUUGGUGAUAGUUAAGGAAGGGGAAGAAAAAGUUGAGGACGCUUCUCUAGAAAACACCUUGGACUCGACGUCUAUGCCCAUAGAAGAAAUUCCUGUACAUGUAGAAGCGAAGGCGCCUGUUGAGGGAUAUACAGUUACACAGGGCGUAACAAUAGAGACACAAACAGGUCGAAGCUUGUCCUCUCCAGUUGAAGAACCGCCAACCAAGGACUUUACCGUCGUUUACAACCAACCCGUAGAUGCCCAAACUCAAGCCCAAAUGUCGCUCCCUUCAAGCGAAGCUGAGCACACUCAGCAGAAAGAAACUAUAACAAUAUCCAAACGCACCAGCGGUGGGCAAGAAACUAUUCAGAUAGCGACCAAGCCCCAACAAGAAUCUCAACCUAUCGUCGAGGAACCUGAUGAUGUCCUCGUCGAAGCCAACUACAGAAAACGUCCUGAAUCCGAAACCAGAGUCACCGAGUUGAAUAUCAGCAACGUAGUGCCUAACCAGCCUUUUGAAACCGUCUUUGUAGAACCUGACGAGACCACAACUGAGGUUAUCGUAGACGCAGAUGGCACGAAGAGGAUAAUUGUAAAGAAGCUCCACAGAACGGUGGUCAGACACCAACAAUCCUCCCAGCAACAACAAUUGACCACUCUUAGUUCCAUCGCUGACGAUGGUGUCCCAGUCACCCAGUCUUUCUCCCAAAUUACGCUCAAAGGACAACAAAGCUCCACCACAGUAGCUAAAGGAGAUGGCAGCAAGGCAACUGUUACGAGCCAACAAUAUGGAGGUAAAGUUGCUACAGGCGUACCAGGAGGUGAUGUAAACGUCCACGAGUACCAAACUGACCCGGAAGUCCAAUAUACCGUCGUUGGGCCAACGAUAAAACCUGAAGAGGUCGAGGUCCAAGGAGUCAAACUACACGAAGGAGACAUAACCUUGGUUGACAAUCAGAAUCACUUGAUGCCAGUUGCGGAAGGCGCUGAAGUCCAUACAUCUAGCUCUAGCGUAAGAGCUGUGGUGCAACAGGUCACUAGAAGAAUCAUUAGGAAGACCAGGAGGAUCAUAAGACGAACCGUCAUAAUAGAUGGUAAAGAACAUGUUACAGAAGAGGUUGUCGAAGAACCUGAAGAAAUUGAAGUAACUGAGGAAGGCAUUCCUAGAGUAAGCAUCAAUGUGACCAGAACUGAAGACGGAAAGGUGGUUCAAGAACAACAGUUUGGUGAACAGGCAACGUUCACACCUGGUACAACUACAAUUCAGAAGGUCAAAACGGUUGUCUUGGACUCAUCUGGAAAGCCUGUAGAAAAUGUAGAACAAGAGCAGUUUGGCCAGGAAGCAACCUUAACAGCUGAGGUCACACCACCGGUCCUAGCCUCAUCGGGAAAGCCUUUGGAAGCAUCUCUACCUGAGCAAGAAUCGGAGAGGUAUGUGUUAGACCAGAAACUCACUGCACCUCAGCCUGAUUCAGCACCACAAGUCACACAGUCGUUUGAAGUUGAGGAAACUAAGACCACUGAUGUCACCAAGUCGUUUAUUGAUACAGAGAAGCUUGACAGUAGCGACGUUGGCCAAACACGUAGUACGGAUGCUGCACCUACACCAAAAUCCAGAAAGAAAAAGAAAGGCAAAAAGACUCCGGAAGACGGGUCUCAAAGUACUAAAAAUGAUUUUGUUGCUCCCGCAGAUGUUCCCCAUCCUACUGAAGCAACGUCUCAACCUGAAUCUCUAGAUAGCACAACCUACACGAUUGAAGAACAUGUCAAGACAGUGUCGCCUGAUAAAACGAUCGUCACCGAGACAGUUGAUACAACCAUUGCACCAAUAGCAGACGCAAAGGUCACUGAAGAGGUUUUAGUUCGAAUACCUGUUAAAUCUGCUAUAGUAGCUGAAGAACGUGUAUCUCCUGAUAGACCACAAUCCGCUUCAGUAAAAUUGAUCACACAAGACUUCAUCUUUUCAGAAAAAUCUUUAUCACCAAAAACUGUUUUGGAGCAGUCCGUUUUAGAAACACUACCAACUAAACAGUCGCUCGAAAACAAAUUUAAUCAAUUUGAAUUGGAACCUGUCGGACACACCUCUGCUACUCCAGAGGUGUCUAAAGUCGUUCUAGAAAAGACAGAAGUCACAUUACCUGCAGUCGACAAAUUUACUCAACCAGUUCAACAGACUCAGCCAGACAUUGUGAAGAUUCCUCUAGAGAAAUCUGAAACGAUUGCAGUGAGCGCAGAAGAUGUAGCCAGUAAGUUUACUCAGUCAACAUUAGAACCGGUUCAGCAGGCUCAGUCAGGCAUCGCGAAAACUCCUUUAGAGAAAUCUGAAGCAGUUUCAACUACCUCAGAAAGUCUAGUGACCCACGAGAAAGCGUCUGCAAUUCCUGAAGAUUUCGUGACUAACCUCGUUCAUACCGAGCUUGAGCAAAUUCAAGCUGAGCUACCUAAGAUUCAUCUAGAAAGAGGUGACGCUUUGCAGCCUAGUCCAGAUGCUUUGACAGCCAAGUUUACCCAGCCAGAGCUGGAACCUGUUCAAGACCAGCCAGCCGUUGCGAAGGUACUUUUAGAGAAAGGUGACGCAGUUUUAAGCAGCCCUGAAAGCUUGAUUUCAAAAUUCACCCAACCAGAGCUGGAAACAGUUCAGCAGCUGGUAAAGAUACCUUUAGAUAAGGCUGAGACAGUUACAUCAAGCGCGGGGGCACUUGUAACCAAAUUUAGUCAACCGGAUACCAAGAAGACAACAGGUGCUCCCACUGAGCUAGUCAAAGUACAAGAAACUGAACAGGUCACCUCAUUGACUACAGAACCUACUGGCAACGUUGAAAUGUUCUUGUCUUUAGAGGAAACUCGACCAGAAUUUACAAUCCAAACAACAGAAACAAAAUCUACGAAACAUGAUACCAUCUCUGCGUUUUUGGACAAUGAACGCAGUCGCAGUGAACAAUCUGUUGUUGGAGAAACUGUGAAGGCUGAAGAUAAGUCUGUCAUUCCAACUGAAGUAAAAUCGUCCCAAACAGUAGACAUCGUCUUAUCUUUAGAAGAAAAACAGCAAGACUCUUCUAUGGCGACUCCGAAGGUUUCAGUAGCUAUGAAGAUAGAAGAAGAUACCGAAACGGCUGAGGUUAUACAUAAAGAUAUCCAUGUGCAACUUCCGAAAGCCUCAGAGAAAAUAGAGACCAUAAUUCCAAAACUGGAGGGCGAGUACGAAGCGCCUGUUACUCCCAGUGACAUCGACCACGGAGGGAGAGGAAGUAAAAAGAAAAAGAAACAUAAAACGCCUACUCCAAUACAAACUCCCGAAGACAAAAAGAUAGAUGAAAAUCAAGGAACAAUUACACCAUCAGUUGCUGAGUCAUCUGAAGUUUCCUUACCGGAUAUUUCUAAGGAAUCUGAAGAUACUCCCAAACCGACAUUCGGGGAAAUGGACUUUCCCAGCGGCUCUGAAGACGAAGAGGAAGAAGAAACUGGCAAAGAUACUGGUUACGAAGUUGAUAAAACAUACGAUGAAGCAGCGGAUGACGAUGAUCACGAUAAGAAGAAACGUCGCAAAAAGAAACGCAGGCAGAAGGUCAAGGUCAAGGAAUCUGAAGAGUCUAACUUACCGGAAUCGUCAACGGUAGGUGGAGAUUCUGUGCCAUUAACUGAUGACGAACCAAUAUUAGUACCGAAAGUAGAAGAACAUAAGAAGACAAAGAAACGUAGAAAAGGAAAGAAGAGGCCAUCUGAAUCUGAAUCCGAAACCGCGGUACUUGCAGCUCACGAAGAAGAAAUAGGUUCUCCAUUCGAGUCGUACCACACCAUGUCAUCCGUCUCCGAAACUGGAACUGUCAAGGUAGUUGAAGAACACGUCAUCAAAACUCCUGAUAGCGAAACUGCAGAAAUUCCUUCAAGAAUCGUGACAACAGUUCCAGUAUUGGAAACUGUAGCUGUUCAAGAAACUGUUUCGCAAACAUCACCUAUUGAACAAUUCUUGGAGCAAGAGAGAAGUAUUUCGGAGAAGCCUGUUCUAGCACCGGUUUCUGUCCAAACAUCUCCAGAACUACCGACAGCGGUAGAAGUACACACUGAACAAGUUUCUGUCCAAACUACCCCUGAAAUACCCAAAGAAACGGCAGAACUAUCUGUGCAGACAUUAGAAGUGCAGAAACCAGUUGAGUCUCCUAAACCAGAAGUACAGGAGAGCUCAACUCAAUUCGAAAUAUCUCAGACAGAUAUAAUAACUCAGACCACUCCAAAAGCAGUGUCGCCUGAGCAGAAACCUGUAACUGAAACGAUCGAAACCUCAAUGCAAACUACAUCUCCAGUUAAGGUGCAACUGUCUGAAGAAGGAGUUCAAACUGUCACACCUGAAGCAGUUGAAAUCUCGAGGAGUGAGACUGCUAUGCAAGCAACUAUUGAAAGUCAAGAAGAAGCGGUACAAACCAAAUCUCCAGAAACCAUCGCUACAGCUGAGAUUGCGUCUCAAAUUCACCCAGAGAUCGCAGAAUCUGCUUUGCAGACGUCACCCGAGCAGUCAAUAGAAAGUCACGAGGAAUCAGUCCAAACUGCAUCGCCGGAAACCGUGCCAAAAGCAGAUACGGCAUCUCAAAUCCAUCCAGAAAUAAAAGAAUUUGCUUUGCAGACAUCCCCGGAACCAUCUGCUCCUCCUGCUGAAGCAGUUUUCCCUCCAGCUGUUGCAAAAGAAACUGCAGAGAUUGUGACUCAAACAAGUCCUGUCAUUAUCAAAGAAUUAGGCAAUCUGAUAACUCCAAGUCCUACACCUACUCCUAGCUUAUCAGACUCCUAUGAAGUUCAUGUCAAAGCUUCUGUUAUAGUUCCUCCCUCAGACACGUCAGAGUCGGUUGGGUUCAGUACUCAAAUCGUUGAAACACCAAGCACUACGUCAUCUACUACGAUAGCUGGUGAAGAAAGUUCUACUUCUGAAAGCUCAGAUGAAGACUAUCAUGUAGAGGUAGCUGUAGAAGGCAAGCACGUAGAUGUAGAAGGCUUCUUGGAUGCAGAAAGAUCUGGAGAGGAACCACACAAACACAAACGAAAGAGGCACAGGAAACACAAAAAGGGACAUGGAAAAGAAGAUCGUCCUAGUGUGGAGAAAGAUCUGUUUGCAGAGUUCCAACGACAAAAUACUGUAGAUGAGUCAGGCGGUAACAAAGAAUUAUACGCCGAUAUUGCUAGAAGGUCUAGAUCACCUUCGCCAGCGGUGCAAGUGUCUCAAGGUCCUCAAGUGAUGCCGAAAUCUGAGGUGUUCAAGGAGGCUCCAGAAAUACAUACUGUUGAGGAAGUACUACAAGAAAAUCUUCUGAAGCAGGCAAAGGCAUUAGAAGCUGAGGUUGUGUCAAAGGUACUCACAGAUGUGGACAAAGAUAAAGUGAAAAAGAUAUCAGACAAGAAGCAGAAAUCUAAGUCUAAAAAGCAGGAACCUGCUGCUACUACUACCACCACUGUGGAUAUAUCUAUGAAAAUACCUGAUGAACCCCAAUUUGAGAUUGUAACUAAAGAUGUACUAACAGUGACUGGAGAUGAUAAGGUUCCUACAACUUCGUUCAAGGUUGAUUCUAUGCUCACUGAAGCUGAAUAUAAAACUAUACCUGAAACAAAAGUGGAAGCAGAGUUACUUAGAUCUACGGAAGAACGAGCACCGAAAUCUAAAAUAUCGUCUACAGUCGAAUUCUUAGAUGCCGAAAAGCAACCAGAAACAGUCCUUAUUAACGACACACCAGUGACUCUAACAAUCGAUAUUGAUGCUCAGAAGCCAAAACAAACAUCAGUUAAACCGAAAACAAAGGGCAAACAUGUAUCUUCCGUGACAAUUGAAGAGGUCCAAGCAUCCAGCGUUGUGACUGACACACCUCUAACUCCUGCUUCAGAUUUUGGGCAGUUGUCACCGCCAGACUAUUCUACCAGCUCUUGGAAACAACCUGUAGAACCUCCUCAGGCUAUCGCGGAAUCCGAGUACCAACAAGGUCCACUCUUGUUGAAAGAAGUGAACGUCAGGUGGAACCAAGCGCAAGCUUUGGAACGAUUCAAGAACUUACAGAACGCUAGGACGACAACUCAUCUGAGCGAUGUCCUGUACUUGGCGACACGAAACGAAAUAGUUACAGACGAAACUGCCCAGCAACGUAUAGAUAAUGUAGAACAAAACUUGAACCUCGUGCAACAGGCGGUCGAGAUGAAAGAUGUCCCAGUGUUGCAACAGACCAUCAUAACGACAGUUGAUACUAUCACUACUUGGUUAGAGACUAUAGAAUAUAGGAUAUACGUGAACAGACAACAAACGUCAGAUGGACCAUCCAGAGAACGUGUGGAGGAAUUCAAUGACCUCAAACAAGAAAUUGCAGCUAUCGAGGGUAAAGUGGAGCAAUUGCAAAAUGUCAUGCAACAGACAAGCGAUAUCUAUAACGAAGAUGAUAGAGAACGUAUGAAGAGUUAUAUCAACUCUUUGCAACAACAGGUUAAAGUUAUAGAAGAGGUUACUGAUGAGAAUGAGAAACUGGCUGCGGGAGACCUUCAGAGAUGGGACGAAUUCACUAACGGGGUUGCUAACAUCACCUACUUGCUUGAACAGCUCAAGAGGCAGCUGAGUGACUUGAAGGAGUCCGAUGCUUCACCUCAAACCAAAUUGAGUGAGCUAGAUAAACUUGAGAAUGGGAAUCGAUGCCACAUGGUGAAGGUUGCAAACUUAAUAAGCACCGCUAAAGGACUGAUGCGUGAUUUCCCUUCAAGGGAGAUCCCCAGGGAGGUGUACCUUAACAACGAAAUGACUAAACAGCUGGAACAGCAGAUAAGCAUCGAAAGAGACAAGGCGCUUCAACUACUCUCUCUUGCAGACGAGUACGAACAAACUUUGAAAGAAUUCAGUCAGAUCAUCAUUAUCGCCGAGGCCCUGGUCGAAAGUCCCAUCUCAGUACGUAAUUUGGAACAUCUGGAAGACGAGAUGCAGAAUCACAGAAAGUUCUUUGUCAACCUCAGUCAUUGUAGAGCCAUCUUGGAGUCUCUAGAAGAAAACUUGGACUCUGAGACAAGAGCUAUACACUCUAAACUGCAUCAGAACCUGUACGAACGAGCUAGCGUAAUUCUUGACAAAUCCACUGGAAGGUUCCAGCAAAUGUCACUAGCAGCGUCUAGAUGGACUGUCUUAGAACAAGGUACUAAAGAGGAGAUGAGAUGGUUGCAAGUAGCUCAACAAAGGGUUCCUGACUUGAAUAACGUCACAUCAGCGGACUAUGACAGGUAUAUAGAUCUCUAUCAAUCACUGGAAGCCGAUAUUGAUUACCACCAUGCCAAGUUGCUCCAUCUCAACAGUGUAGCCCGAAGAUUGCAAGAACUUGUGCAAUGCGCAGACUUAGAGCAAGCUUACGCUGAGUCUUUAGAGAUAAUUCAGAAGCUACAAGAAGAUGUCCAAAGCAAGCUUGACAGGUUGAUCUCGUUUAGAGACAGCUGGACCAUCUACAACAUGCAAAGCGACAAAGUCGAGUACUGGUUACGAGAAGCUGAUAUGGAAUUAAGGAAACUGGAGGUCCCUUCAGUUCCUAGAGGUCAUUUGAGACAAUUCUGGGAACUCAAGGCUCAACAUGAAGUGUACAACGUUUCCAAAAACCAAGCGGAUAACGCGCUGGAACGAGCUUUGCAGAUUGUACCGCUCAGUGACGAAAUGGUUCAAAGAAAAUUCCAUAACGAAUUGAAUGGGUCUUGGCAAGAAGUGUCUACGAGAAUAAGCGACAUAGAGGCUUCGAUUUUGGAAACAAUACAAGCUCCUGACCUACCUGUUAAUGAGAAGCUUGCUUUAUUGGAACAAGAGCUUCAAGAUCUCAAAGUGGACUUGGAUAAUAUGAAAGGUAUCAUCAAGACAGAGGAUGAAUUGAAUCUGUACGUGGAAAGGCUUCAAAUUAUGUCUACCAGAUUGGAUACUAUCCAAAAUGAGCUUGGUAGGUUGGGAUUAUUAUCAGCAGGAGAAUCAGAUAAAGUAGGUAGUCUCUUGGCUCUUUCCAAAAGGCUUGAAUCCACCAUAACUGAGGAGCUAGAAAACGGCAACUUGGUGAAAGAGCGUCUGUUGGCUAUUCAAAAAGGCAUGGAGCGAGUAAGGCGUAAACACCUCGAAAUGUCCAAAGGCUUGGACCAAUGUGAAGACGCUGAAAAAUUAGGCAGCGAAGCUGUGGAAAAAUCAGUAAACGAAUGCUUCGAAAUCGGGGAAGAACUAGUGACUCUGUGGCAAGACCUCAUGGCGUUGAGGCAGAUGCUUCAUACGCUUCCAAUGAGGCUCAAAGUGACUGUAUCGCCAGUUCAAGUCGAGAGGGAUAUCUCGCAGCUUCAAGACGACCAUACGGCGCUUGAGAAGAGAUGUGGACAGAUAUUGGCCUUGCUGAGGAGCAGGUUGGGUCUAUGGCAAAGGUUCGAGAGGCAGCUGGAGUUGGUACAGCAAAGUGUCCAGGAGGCUGACUUUAUGGUGGAACUGUUGACUGUGCAAGGAACUGUGGACUAUGAGAGGCUCAGGAAGGCUACUGAGCGGUUAGAGAGCGUGUCCGGAGACUUGGCAAAUAGAGAAUCGCUGAUCCAGGAACUGAAGACCAGCGCACAGCCUUUGGCGGAGAGUUGCUCUCCAGAGGUUUCUGCGAAGGUGGAAGCUGCCGUCAAGGAGGCGGUUACUGCGUACGAAAACACCAAGGAGAAUCUGACGCAGUUAUGUGGAAGAUACAAAAAGGCGGCAGAGCUGUGGAAACGUUAUCGCGAGGCUGCAGAUGUCAUGAAAGAAUGGGUUGAAGAAGUCGGACAAGUCGGCGACAUGGAACCUGAAGAAGCUUUGGAGAAAGUCAAGGUAUGCGAAGAAACGCUCGCGGCUCACACCAAGCGCCUAGCGGAACUUCAGGAGUUAGUAUCCGGAAUCGCCGAAGCGGUGGGGGUUGACGCUAACUCCCUGUUGGGAGGGGAAGUAACGGCGCUCGGAAGAAAGUUGGAGGAAGCCAAAGAUGCCAUCGGAGCGCUGUCAGACGCGGCCGAAGAGAACAUCAGACAAAAAGAGGGAGCGAAGAAGGAUGCAUUGGAAAGGAAAGAAUGGCUGGAGGGUGUUAGAAAGGAAAUCGUCGAUAUGUCUAAAGAAACUACCCCGACUGAAAACGAGGGCAAACUAGUCGUCCUUCGCGAUCACCUGUUAGCCCUAAGCAAAGCCGAAGGUCAAAUCCAACAAAUCAAGGACAAAACCGUCGAAAUAUCGACCACGACAACCGAAACGUCUGUGAUAGAAGUCCUUGAGCUUUGGCAACAGGUUAUCCGAGAAACUUUCCAACAGUACCAUAGAUUGAGUACGACUCUAGUCAAGAAUGAAGAUGGGGCAGCUGCCCUCCGCCUGUGGGAAGAAUACCUACUGUAUGUCCAGCAGUUCCUGCAAGGUACCAUUCCUGGCGACUGCCACAGUCUGUCAGAACAUCAGUCGUUGUGUCAAGUCCACCAGAAUCUUCUAACGACUCAACAGAACGUUUUACAACCAUCUAGCGGAGGUCAAACUAUCGAACCUAGCAUCAUGCAGCAGUUCAGUUCUUUGAGCAACUUGCACAACGAGAUCUUAUCCAGAAUCAUGGAUAGACAUUCAGAGGUGCAGAAUAGAUUGAACGCUUGGGAGAAAUACAAGAAAGACCAAAACAGGCUCUUGGCCUGGUUGAAAGGCGUCGAGAAGGAAAGGGACCAUAUGCAGCUGAGGUAUAUGCACAUUAGAAGGAUACCAAAGUUACUGACGAGGAUACAAACAUUAUUAGAUAAGAUUCCUCAAGGUGAAGAGCAAGCAGAUACUCUUCAAAGACAGCAAAAUAUUCUACUACAAUUCUGUGAUGAUGCACUAGCUACUUCUAUCAGAAUGGAGCAUGUAGCUAUCAAACAAAGAAUCUCUAACAUUCGCGCAGGAUUGGACACUUGGAAGCAGUUCUUGGAAAGGAUCGAGAUUCUAGUCAAGACGCACGAGGAGAAAGUCGAAAAGGUGCAAAAACUUUUCGUUGAAACCCAAGAAAUUAUCAACGAAUCUGUAAGCCACUCGCCAGCUUCGCAUGCCAGCUGCACCAACAGGUUAGAGCAGCUCCAAAGAACUAGAGCGAGAUUGAAUACUUACACGCAACAACUUGAGGAGCUAGUAUUAUCUCAAGAACAGCUGAAAGAGUGUUUGAGCCCUUCAGAUAUGAAGACUAUCAACCAACGAAUGUUGAUCUUACGGUAUCAACAAGGCGACCUAGAUCACCAAAUAGCCUCAAUAUGCCACCAACUUGAAGACAAAUUGGGAGUGAAGUCGAUGUUCGAGACGCGACAAGCUAGGUUCAUCGCUUGGAUCAACGAUCUAGAAAACAAGCUGGACGAAAUAUCUGAAGAAACGGCUGUACCAUCAGAUCCCAAAGAGCUAUUAAGGAAACUUGAAACUGAGCUUCAAGCUGAGAUGGCUCUGAAAGAACGAGAGUACAACUGGCUGUUGAAGACCGGUAAAGAGUUGGUGGAUUCUUGCGGAGAUGAAUAUGCUGAAGUAACAUCGAAGCAGAUCAUCCAACACAGAACGGAUGAAGUACUUGUGAGAUGGGAAAGGUUAGAGAACUUGGCGAAGAGUAGGUUUAAUAAGAUCAACGAUAUGAUGCAGACCAUAUGGCAAUUAGAAGAGAGGAUAGCCCAAAUUCGAGCUUGGUUAACGCAGAUCGAGCUUCAACUAGCUAAACCGCUGAUCUUCGAAGCUGCUACCAAAGAAGUUAUAGAUAGGAAGAUACAAGAUCAUGACAAGCUCAAGAAAUCUAUAGAACGCGAAAGUGGUAACAUUGGCGAAGUACUUAACUUAUGCGAGCUACUUCUGAGCGACCCCGACGUUCUUAAAGCUCACUUUUCUACAGAUAACGUCACGCAUGCUGUACAGAAUCUCGAGAAACGAUGGAAAGUUGUAUGUGGACAAUCUGCAGAAAGAAAACGGAAAAUCAGCUUCAUCUGGAAGUUGCUACAAGAAGUGUUGAAGCUCAGCACAGAUCACGAACAAUGGAUAAACGAUCGAGAGCAGCAAUUGAAGAAUCUUGACAAACCUGUGAAGAAACUCGGCAAAGCAGAGAUUCAACAGCUGAUCUACUCGGUCGAAAAUGAAAUUAAAGACAUAGAAUCACGUGUACCUACAUUCCAAAUCCUAGAACAAACCUACUCGAAGCUGGCUACUGCUUCAGGAAUUGAUCCAGAGAACAUCCAGGAGCUAACGUCGAGAGCUAGAGUUACGAUAGCAAGAUGGGAGAACCUCAUGCCGAAAGCGCAAUCUCUACUUCAAAAGCUUCAGAACGAGCUGAUUCCUUUCAAAGAGUUCUCGCUUGCUCAUGAAGACGCUGUAGUCGGCCUGACGAAGUUAGAUGCACAGGUGACUGAAUUGCAGCAUCUCUCGCCGCCAGAAAAAGUGCCGUUAGAAGAAAGACUGAAGAAAUUAGAGGCAAUAGAGAAGCGACUGAACGACCAAACGCCUACUUUGGAAACUGCCGAUAAGCUAGGUCUACAGAUCAUGAAGAAGAGUAAGAAACAAGAAGUUACCAAGAUCCAAGAGAUGAUAGACGAAUACCAAAUCCUCUGCAAGAACAUACACGAAAGGAUAGUCGAAAUAAAAACGGAAAUAAUGACGCAGGUGAAACGACAACCGAGAGAAGUAGACGAAAGUGUGCAAGUUGAAACUUUGAAGUUUGAACAGGACACUGCAGUGCAAGUUAACACCUUGCCGCCUCAGUUACAAAGAAUGACAUCGAUAAGCGCUAAAGAUGCGUACUUGGUAGAACUGGAAGCUGCGCUAGGUGAAUGCAAGGCUAAUCUCGACGAGCUGGAGAUGUUGGUGAACAAAGAGAUACCGAAACAAGGUUCGUCUGAAUUGCCGGGUAGCAGUAAGAAGAUUGCGAAGAUUUCAGCGAAUUGCCAAGCGAGUGUGGAGUUGAUCAAGCAUAUACAUGACCUUCUGAUCAACGAGUGUAAUGCUUCUGAGACUGAGGCUUGCUCGGAAAUGGUACGGAUGCUUGUGGAACGGUUUCAAGUUUUGCUGGUUAAAGCGAAGGAGAAGGAACAGAAACUUAGGGAGUUGAGAGCUACUGGUAUGGAUGCUUAUAACCUCUUGUGCAAACACGAGGCAGGUCGCCUACUAUGCCCACUAUGUACGAAACGCAACUGGGCUCAACUAGACAACGAUCUGUGGCGAUUAGAAAAAUGGCUGCAAUUCGCCGAAGGUACUCAGAAGUCCCAACGCAGUCCACCGUCGAACAUCGAACAGCUCGAGGAUGUGAUUCAAGACCACAGGGAAUUCCUCCUUGACCUUGACAGCCACAAAAGCAUCGUGAGGUCUCUGAACAUCGUCGGAACGCAUUUGGCUGACCACAGUGAGGAUACAUCGAAGGCGACUGACCUCAGAGAGAGGUUAGAGAAGGACAACAAGCGGUGGGAGGUCAUCUGUCAACAUGCCGCGGAGUGGCAGGUGCAGUUACAGAAAGCGCUUAUGAACAACCAACAAUUCCACGCAAUCAUCUCCGAGCUAUGCGUCUGGCUCGAAAAGAACGAACGCAAGAUCAAAGCCUCGGAACCGGUCGAUCUAACCGCUCCAACGGAAACCAUCGAGACGAAAUACAACAAUUUCGUCGGCCUUCGCGCCGAAUUGGAACGUUGCGAACCCCGAGUGUUGAGUCUGCAAGAAGCGGCGAACCAGCUGUUCAGAGAUGAAGAUGCUCCGGAAGGAUCCAGUUCCAUACACAGGAGACUCACGGACCUGCGUCUCAAGCUUCAAUCCCUCAUCCGACUGACUGGCAUCUACACCCUCAAACUAGGGGCGGUCCUUGGCAGGGACCCUAACGAAAUCGGCAUCGCAGUAGCCUCCAGCUCAGGCUCAGGGGCUGAGCAUUUAUCCCCACUGUCCUAUGACCUUUUGGACCAUGCGACUCAGGAUGGGACCACUGCUGAGGCACCAGGCGAUGACGCUUACAAUGGUGGUACUGACGGUCAAAUCAACACAUCAGUACUCCGGCGUAGUUGCCGCUUCCUCGGUCGAGUAGUACGCGCCUCGAUGCCAAUUCAAGCAUUGAUGCUGCUCAUGUUAGGAGCCGCCUCAUUGGUUCCUUAUUCGGAGGAUGAUUACUCGUGUUCGCUAGUCAACUCCAUCGCAAACAGUAUGAUGCCUACCUUACGAUACAAUGACGGACCGCCCCCUAUUUAAUAGGAUGUGGCAACACUGUAUUUUACGCGUGUAUACACUUGGGGAAGGCGUUUGACACUUGACUUGACCCAUCUGUAUAUAUCAGUGACAGCGCAGAAAGCAACUUUUUUAAACAAAACGUUCCGUUGAAAAUAUUUUAGAGUUCUUUUAUUAUGUUACUUUUUAGCGAGUGUUAAUAAUAUUUAUUUCUUUACUCAGCAUUUUUUUGUAUCUCUAAAUGAAGAGCCUUUUCUACAUUUUGUUUCUAGACGCUAAAGCAGCCAGUUGUACUGUGCGUUUUAAAAAAGCCGCCCCUUAUUGAAAUUGUUACUUGCAUACGAUAUUUUAAUAUAAAAGUGGGAGCUGAUAAUUUUAUCGUAAUAGCUGGGUGCCAUCUUGGAACUUUUUUCACUCAGAUGAAGAAAAUGUUGAAAUUUUCAACUAACACUUUUACGCUAAUAUAUAUUCUUCAUGCAUAAGCCAAAUUUCAUAUUACUUUCUUAAACCGUUCAAAAAAUAGAGGCUAUAUAAACAAAACUUUACCAGGUUCAUUUUUAUUUGCUCGACAAUAUAAAACUAGUUAUUUUGAUGCUGUCACUGAAAAAUCCAUUCCAAUUACGUUAUUAUUCGAAAUGAUUUUUUUUAAUUUCUUGACGAUAUUUUGUACAUAAACUUGUGACUUAUUUUUACGGGCAGCUUAAUGGUAAGAAUUUGUAAUAUUCUUUAUAUAUAUUAGAGUUUAGGUUUUUGUAUAUCACAAUACGUGACGAAUAUUGUACACUAUAGAGUAUCUAUCUGUAUAUUGGGGAAACUGCACAACAUGCGACGACAAAGAUAUGUUUUAAUAUAUAUUUUAUACUUACUGUUAUUUUAUAGAUUUUUAUCGUUGGUUGUGAAACUUACGAAAACUACAAAUAGAGAAAGUGGAACCUCUAUUAUGAUAGUGUCAUAUUUUACUGUGAUCAAACAUUGUUUCGACUAGUGAAAAUCCUGAUGAAAGCGAACUCUCCACGUUUUCUCAACGAUUUUUAUUGCGCGUCAAGUUAUUUCAUUCAAGAAUUUAACAAAGCUCUCCCAAAAUGUGUUCUUAAAUAAAAUGACAAAAUGUAGUCGAAACAGUGACUUCUCACUAUGUUUAUUUUCAUUUAAGUUUUUGCUUUAUUUUGGUCACGGUGCUGAUUUUUUUUUUUUUUGUUAAUUAACAAUGCCGUGCAAUCGCUUUAUAUGCGCUUCAAUUAUGCUAAGAAACAACUAAUUAUUUUAAGGAUUGUUUUCGCAAUACAUUAUUUAUAUUUACGUUAAUUUGGCAUAUCUUAAUAAUAUAUUAUACGACGUUUUCAUUUAUAAAAUAUAAUUUUGAAAGAAUU